AUGCCUGGACGGAACAAUCGUGCCCGGGGCCAGGGCGGGGUUGAUGCGGUCCUUCGGGAUGACAUGAACAACUAUCGAAAAGCCUUGGAUAAGAUGCGGCAAGCGGAAAAGCUCAAUGCGGAGCGCGCACUGGAGCACAGGCUGCUUUGGGAAAAGCUUAAGAAGCUUAAUCCACAUCCCACGGAUGAGGACCUCUUAGCUCAUGCCCAGCGACUAGAGGACCAGGGCUUGUUGUCAGAGGCCGCUGACGUCAUUCAGCAGCUGCUGCUCCGCCCGGAUCAGUUCCACAAUAAACAGCUCCGAGACCACCUGGCUGAGCUCGUCAAGAGGGUCAACAGGCGGCAGGCUGAGGCCAAGGUGCUGGAGCGGGCCGCCGAGUUGGAGGAGGAGGGCCGGUUGUGGCCCGGCCGACCCAGGGGUCUGCAGAGCCCCCGGGAGAGGAUACCCGGAGUCCCCCGGGCAGAUAAACCCGUGGGUCCCAUGAUGCCCAUGUCGCCGGAUGCCUACAGGGCCGAGCUCGCAGCGCAGGUGGCUAUGGCGAACAGGAGGCGGCGGGAGGAGGCGCGGAAGCAGGAGGAGCUCCUGGGCCAGAAGCAGAUCGCUGUGGCGGCGGCGAUGGAGGCCCUGGAUCAGCACCGGCGGCGGGUUGGGGGGGCCAAUGACCGGCUGUCACUGGCGGUGGAGCGGGAGGAAGAGCUGAGGGAACGAGAAGAGGAGCGCCGCCGCCAGUUCUACCAGGAGUGGGAUCGGCUCAAACCCGCUGGAGGGCCGGAGGUACGGCAGUCGUACGACCUGGAGGAGCGGCGCCGGGAGCAGGUCCAAGGGGUCCACGGCCACCGGGCAUCCGUACGGAAUUCGUACGACGUGCUGAACCAAUAUCAGGACGCCGAUGGUUAUUACCCUCGUGGGCCCGGGCACGGGGAGCCCGGCGGCGCCGUCGCGGCGGGGCCCCGUCAGCGGCCCUCAUCCGCUGGGGCGGCGGCGGCGGUAGCUGUCCGGGAGCGCGAACGAGAGCGCAACAAUGCGGCCAACUUUGAGCGGUUGUACGUGCCCGUACAUCCGUACGCGCCUGCCGGGGGACCGCCGCAGCGGCACGAGGCCUGGCCGACGCCGCCAGCGGCGGGGAGCCCCCGACCUGGUGCCGUACCGGGGGGACUCCGUGGCGUGCUCAAGUCGCCGUACGCUCGGCCCGACGUGGAUAAGCCCCGAGUGCGCAUAGACCCCCAGGUGGUCCGAGGGCACCAACAAGCCUUCAUUGAGAAGCACCGGAAGCCGGAGCCGCCACCCCGGCAGGAGGUGCCGCUGAGGGUACGGAAGGAAGCGGCACGGCGACCCGACCCGCCCAUCAUUGCGUACGGCACCGGCGGAAGGAGUGCGUGGCCCUAG